CCCCGACUCCACCAGGGAGUGCUCUGACUCUCUGCAUGAGACGGAAGCAAUAACAAGAAAAAGGAACACGACAGGAAAGACACGCAAGCGGUGGAGGAAACCGCCGCCACUACUCGCUUCGCGCAUGCGCAGGGCUGGUUGUUUGUCACAAAGCUCUUCUUAAAGUGAGCUGGCAGCGUGCGGGCCAGCUGCCUUUGUAAGGAUAUCGCAGUGUUGGGUGGCUGCCGUUGUCUUCUCAGUCAUUCCGAUGAAGCGUUCAUAGGGGACACGCUGAUCUUGUUGGCAGGCUCUUUACGCAGCAGAGGUGUUGUUCAGUGUAAAGUGAAGGUCGCGUUUUGUGAGACCUUGACUUUUUUGUUUGUUUGGGUUUGUUUGUUUGUUUUGUUUUCCUUACAGUAUAUUUUUAUACACUUCGUUAAAAAUCAUGGUGCUGGGGAAGGUGAAGAAUUUGACAAUAAGCUUUGACUGUCUCAGUAACAACAAUAUCCCCGUGUAUUCUAGCGGGGACACAGUCUCAGGAAGGAUCAGUUUAGAAGUUACUGGGGAAAUUAGAGUGAAAGCUCUUAAAAUUCAUGCAAGAGGACAUGCAAAAGUACGUUGGAGCGAAUCUAGAAAUGCGGGAUCCAACACUGCCUAUACACAAAAUUACACCGAAGAAGUAGAGUAUUUUAACCAUAAGGACGUUCUAGUCGGGCAUGCAAGAGAUGAUGACAAUUCUGAAGAAGGCCUUCACACCAUCCAUUCAGGAAGGCAUGAAUAUGCAUUCAGCUUUGAGCUUCCACAGAUACCACUUGCUACCUCAUUCGAAGGCAGACACGGCAGUGUGCGGUAUUGGGUGAAAGCUGAAUUGCAUAGGCCUUGGCUUCUACCAGUAAAAUUAAAGAAGGAAUUUACAGUCUUUGAACAUAUAGAUAUCAACACUCCUUCGUUAUUGUCACCCCAAGCAGGCACAAAAGAAAAGACUCUGUGUUGUUGGCUUUGUACCUCAGGCCCAAUAUCUUUAAGUGCCAAAAUUGAAAGAAAGGGCUACACCCCAGGUGAAUCAAUUCAGAUCUUUGCUGAGAUUGAGAAUUCCUCUUCCCGUAUUGUGGUGCCAAAGGCAACCAUUUACCAAACACAGGCAUUCUAUGCCAAAGGGAAAAUGAAGGAAGUCAGACAGCUUGUUGCCAACCUCCGUGGGGAAUCCUUGUCAUCUGGCAAAACAGAAACCUGGAAUGGCAAACAGUUGAAAAUUCCACCUGUUUCCCCUUCAAUCCUCGACUGUAGUAUAAUCCGUGUGGAGUAUUCACUGAUGGUAUAUGUUGAUAUUCCAGGAGCUGUGGAUUUAUUCCUUAACUUACCACUGGUCAUUGGUACCAUUCCUCUACAUCCAUUUGGUAGCAGAACAUCAAGCAUAAGCAGCCAGGGUAGCAUGAACAUGAAUUGGCUUGGUCUGACUCUGCCUGAAAGACUAGAAGGGCCAGUUCUCUUCAACAUCUUCAUAAACGGCUUGGAUGCAGGACUCGAAGGUAUACUAAGUUUGCUGACGAUAAUAAAAUGGGAAGAGCUGUUGACUCCCUCAGAGGCAGAGAGGCCCUUCAGAGAGACCUUGACAAAUGAGAGGGCUGGGCAAUCACCAACCGUAUGAAGUUCAACAAAGGCAAGUGCCAGAUUCUGCACCUGGGAUGGGGCAACCCUGGAUGUACGGACAGACUGGGGAACAAGAGGCUGGAGAGCAGCUCUGCAGAAAGGGAACUGGAGGUCCUGGUUGAUGCCAAGUUAAAUAUGAGUCAGCAGUGCCCUGGCAGCCAGGAGGACCAUGUCCUGGGGUGCAUCAGGCACAGCAUUGCCAACCAGUCAAGGGAGGUGCUUGUCCCGCUUUGCUUCGCACUGGUGCAGCCUCACCUCGAGUCCUGGGGGCAGUUUUGUGUGCCACACUAUAAGAAGGAUAUAAAUCUAUUAGAGAGCCUCCAAAGGAGGGCUGCAAAGAUAGUGAAAGGUCUAGAGGGGAAGCUAUAUGAGGAGUGUCUGAGGUCACUUGGUUUGUUCAGCCUGGAGAAGAGGAGACUGAAGGGAGACCUCAUUGCAGUCUACAGCUUCCUCAUGAGGGCAAGUGGAGGGGCAGGCACUGAUAUUGAUCUCUUCUCUCUGGUGAUCAGUGACAGGACCCGAGGGAAUGGCCUGAAGUUGUAUCACGGGAGGUUUAGGUUGGAUAUUAGGAAAAGGUUCUUCACCCAGAGGGUGGUUGGGCACUGGAACGGGCUCCCCAGGGAAGUGGUCACAGCGCCAAGCCUGACAGAUCUCAAGAAGUGUUUGGACGAUGCUCUCAGGCACAGGUUGUGAUUCUUGGGACUGUCCUGUGCAGGGCCAGGAGUUGGACUUUGAUGAUCAUUGUGGGUCCCUUUCAACUCAAGAUAUUCUAUGAUUCUAUGAAACAAACAAAAAAUCCAACAACUUUAAUCAAAAAACAAAACACCCCACCAAAAACCAACAACAAAAACUAUUGUCUGAGACAUGUCUGAUGUUGACUAUUUAAAAACUAAUUCAUCAUGUGAAUCCUUGUGCAAUGAAACAGCUCAGAAGGGAGGGGAGGGAAAGCUGGUGUUUCUGUAUUAUGCUCAUUCUUAUAAAGCUAUGCCUUAUUUUUAAGGCUUCAUAAAUAUAAUAAAAUAGGCUUUUCCAUAAGCGGCCUUUUUGAGAACAUGAAAGAUAUUUUAUGUUCCAAAAAUGAUGACAGGGUGAUUAAAGGAGAGUCACGUCUUAAGUGAUUCAGUUCAGAUGUUUGAGCUUUGAUAAGCAAGAAUUGGAAAUUGGGUGAUGUCUUAUGCUGCCAUUUUUGUGACUGUCCUUUCCUUCAAUCCUUUCCAACCAGACAAAAUUUUAUAAGUUAAAAUUGUUGGCAUAAAAGGGCAUUUGAUGAUUUUACUUUUUUAUCUUUUUUGUUAACAGACUAGAACAAUUGUUGAUAUACAUAGCAUUGAAGCUCUUAUCCCAGUAUAUUGGAAAAACUAUAUAUGAAGCAAAAUUGACCAAUGUUGUCAUAAUUGAUGUUGCACCACAGGCUGUGAUCAGAGUGAAAAAUUCUGAAACCUUAUCAAAUAAAGAUUUUCCACUUAAACUUUUUUAUUAGUUGUUCAGAGGCAUUAUAGGUUCAUAGUAGUAACCCAGUAUUUGAUAUAGAAUCUUGAUCUGAAUUAGGAAAAAGUAAAAUCCAACCAUUAGGGAAACAAAGUGCAAUGUUAAAUGUUUGCUUUAUAGAUUCUAUUCUAUGGCUGUGUUUUGGUUGGGGUUUUUUGUUUGGUUUUGGUUUUUUUUGGUUGUGUUUCUUUUUUAAAUUAACUUUUGGUGCUGAAUAUGUCCUUAUGGACUUUGUUUUAAGGAGAACUAUGUGGAAAGCAAUUAAUUUUUUUCUAUUGUUCUUCCUUGUGAAAAAGAAACUUUAAAAUGUUGUUUAAAUGCUUUAAAAUGCUUUAAUUGUAAUCUCUAAAAUUGUUGUGACUUAAACACUUAAUAUGUGUCUGUGUAAAAUAACAGCCAUAAGGAUCAAAUUACUAUCAGAAAUGCUUAUGCUAUGUAUCAACUGCAUAGGGAAAAACUAUUUCUGGAGCUACCCCACUGAUUAGUACAAGAGCUGAGUUUCAGCACCUUCAGUUUCUUUGUCUUGUUUAUAUCAAUGAUUUCUUAGGGCUAGGUUUCAGCUGGGAAGCUGUAAUACAAUCUCCUGAACUUAGAAAAUACCAAUAACUUACAGGAUAUGAAUGUUUUUUUCA